CGCUGCGCACCUCACAUGAGGCGCAAAGUGACUGAAAGCAGAACAGGCGUGUGACCAGCUUUACCCUGUUGCAACGAGAACGCCGGAUCUAGGAACCGUGAGAAAACUUGGAUGUGAAUUUGAUCGUAGCAAUGCGAAGAUUAAUUUGACUCAACUCAACUCAACUAGAUUCUUCAAAUUUCAUCGUCCGAGGUGAAGAGAUAUAUCUAUUACAAAGUUUCGCGGUGUCAGAUCAAUAGAAAGAUCUGUCAUGAAAUUUUCGAGAAAGUUGACAGAUCGAUCCACCCAGCUGGAGCGUGAAUAAGAGAUAGGAGGAGAACUUUUAAAUGUACAAACAAGUCGUUUACAUGAAACUUAUUGUUGCUGGUACGUACAGCUUACGGAUAUAAUAACUGUUGAUAUUAAUAAGUUUAAUCGCAUAGUUGGGAUUGGAAGAAUAUAGUACAGUGCAUCGCAGAAUGCAGUAUCUAUGAUGUAGAAAGUGAAGCGGAUGCAAGUAAUCGUGAUGAUGGACUUGGAAUGUAAAAUUAACUGAGUGAUUCAUUGUUCCUUGACGACAGAAUUCUUUUGGUGUUCGAAACGAAUUUGGCUCGGCACGAUGCCGAAAAAAGUAGCAGUGGAGGAUUUGGUGGUCCCGCCGCAAGAUAUGCGUAUUUGCGGGACCAUUUGCAUCUGCCAAAUGACGGUCGUCUUUUCAGCAGUGGCUCUAGUUUAUCUCACAGUAGCAAUAUACAUGCCAAGCACAAGAGCUUUCAAAUCGGGCAUUAGUGAAAUUCCAGCGAUGUGCACAACGAUACGUGCGGUAAACGCUGACAACUGUGAUUGGGGCAGUUGUGGAGAAUGGUGUCUCUCAAAAACAUCUGGUUCCUGUGUUCAAAUCCACGUCAACCUCCGUAGAAACGGAUCGAGAAUACUGCUAGCGAAUUGUACCAACACUACGAACAAGACUUGUUACGGUAUCGAUCAAGAGAACGCAAAGAAAUCGAAAUGUAUCGCGGAUGAGUGUCGAAACUUGACGGGUACGUUCAACUGCUCAUCCGGCGUAUGUAUCAACAUAACUGACGCGUUCGAGUGCGUAUUUCACGACACUGACCCACCGUUGAAGUGUUCCGGUAGACGCGGCAAGAUAACUUGCAUAGACAUAGACGGUUUGUUCAAUUGCGUUCGUGGGACUUGUGAACGUAUCCGAACGCCGUAUAAUUGUGAUCGCCGGUGCGUGGAUAUCCCGACCAGAAAUAAGAACAUGAUCCUGCUCAGCGGUGACAAAGUCUAUUUGAGUCGAUGCGAGAGAGCUAUAGACGUUGAAACCAAUCGAGAAGUUUGGAACGAAGAUCGAGGCGAUGUUAUGAUGGCGUCUUGUUAUGGAAUAUUUAAUUCUACUUCGGGUGUCGAGGCUGUAGACUGUAUCAACGGCUCCGUUUUAGAAAAGGAACUUCUCACCGAUUUGACUAAUUUUACUUACUUGUCUUAUCUCAACGUAUACGCAACGAAACCGCUGGACGAAACCAAAAUAGUUGCACCACCUGAGCAGGAUUUGAUCAUUGCAAACGAAAGCCGGUUGUUGAUCAAUUUAGAGGGCUGUGUGAAUACUCUUCGUGACGAAUGUAAAGAGUUUCUUCACACGUACGGAAAAGAUGGAUCCGAUCACAACGCGCGAGCUAGAUUUCCCUGCUUUUAUGCUGAAGCUAACCCUCGUGUAGUCGUGUCUCGUUUCAACUUGGAGAAUACGUACAAGGAGUUUCUGGUUGCGUUACUGUUACCUAGCAUCCUGUUUGUCGUCAGCUGUCUGACGUUGAUCUUUUGUCAACUCUCCGUUGUUGUUGGCGACGAUGCCAAAAUGCGAUUCAAAAGCUCGGCUGGUGCACGACUGGAGAGGAGCACUUCGGGUACUCUAGGGGAUGCUGGCGGAGGAAAUUCUGCUAUGGCGCUCUGAGAUCCGUCACGCAUUCCCCUCCUGGAAUAGAGUCCGGCUCGUCAGUCGAUAUUCUCCCUGCGCGGGCAUUAUUAAGGUGUGGGGAGGGGGGGAACGCGUGGUUAAAAUUCUCAUUUUGCAAAAAAAUACUACAAAACAAAACACAAAUAUUUCUGCAAUAAACGCAAACUGUCCUCGAAAAGCGAUUAAGUAAAAAAAAAAUAGAGAGAGAAAGCUAACGAUCGGAGACAAGUACUAAACGAGAAAGCAACAAGACUUCUCCUACUUACACUGCCUGCACACAAGAAACACUAUAUCGAGAGCCGCAUGUGCUCUUUCUAAAAAAAAGAAAGAAAAAAAAAAUCGCGUCGCUGCAUACACGCGCACGAAUGAGUUGCUUCAAGAAGUUCAUACGAUCGGAUGCGCAACGAAGCUCUCAUCUGUCUCUCUCCUGCUGACGAGGAAGAAGUACAGAUCACGAACUGAAUUUGGAUUCUAGCAUUCAUCUUUUGGAUAUCAAGACGGUAAACGUUAGCGAGAAAUGAAAACAAACGGAACCACAGAUCGGCGUCUUUUACACGUGACAGACCAUUCGUCGGUAGCUUUUAAUGUCCCCCUUUUCUGAUUGAUUCGCCGUGACAGUAGAUAAGAACCGUAUGUAACAUAUAUAGAUCCGCGUAUUGAAGCUAGCCAACACUUAUUAUAAUCACACCUACACCAUCAACUGACCGCAUCGAAAAAUCGAAGGACGUAUCUUGCUAGUAAAUGUUUGAUGCAAGAUGAUCUCCGCACCGUUAGCAUCAAGUUUGCACACAGAUCUUUUGAUAAACUCGUCGCUUCGAGCAUCUCCCGAAAAUAUAUAAAUAUUAUGCUCAUCGCAUAAUUCAUCGGAAGACAUUAAACUGAACAAUCUAGGCUCACCGUCGGUAUACAUUGACAAGAACUGGUUAACUCUCAUUCAUACGUGAACUUCAACUACUUUACUCGAGAAUAAAAUUAAAAUAAAAGAGUCAGACGCAAAUGUUUAAAAUAUUUUUUAUACCGAAUUCACAAAAAGUAUUUUGCAAGGAUUGAAGAUUUCAUAAAGAAUCAAUCUCGUCUUUGAGGGUGAAGAAAGUUUUAUUAAUCGAAUGAAUACGAUCCUAGAGACCUAGAUAAAGGAACAAUAAUUGAUUCCGACGAGUUGACUAUGAGCAUGAACGUCUAGAAACAAGACACUGAGUCCAGCAUGGAUGGACUAUGGAGGUCCCUACUCUGAUUCUGAUAGAGAAAUCGAAAUUAUAUACGUCCUUCUGCCUAGUUCUACUACAGCCAUGUUCGCUGUAUUCGCAUACUUCGUUUUAAUCUCUUCUAUCAGCCAUUUCUGCAAUCUUGGCUGAUGAUUCACGGUGGCUUGUGUCGUCACUAAUCACAUUUACGUCGAGGGGUUAAAAAACUGUUCUUGGGCUAGCGGUAAGGAAAUUUUUUGUAUUAUAGAUUGUAUCAGCAUCGCGAUUAAAUCAGCCUACACGAGGUUUGAAGAAUUUAUGGCGAAACCGCUGGGUUCUAUACCCUGGGACGUCCCAGACAUCAAAUUUUUCGUGAAUACGGAAGGCUGCGGUUAUUCAACCAGAGUGAACUGUUCCGACUUCGCUGGGAAAUACAGAUAUUCGAAUAUGGAGAAAAUAUUCCUUAGCUACUACAGCAGGAUAUACUCAGACACCGUCCUUGCAAGGUACUCUCCGGUCGAAAACUUAGGGCACCCAGUGCUAGACCCCAGUGGUAGUACCCUUCUGUUCGACGUGUCGCUUAGCGUGUUAUAUUAUUGAUAUUGUCCACCAAUGGGCAAGAGUUGUGAUGGACCAGGCCAUAAUUUGAUCGACAAAUACACCAGGAAGGAAAAUCGUCUAGCAUGCUGGGAGGGAAUGAGUUCGAGGAAGAGGAAGAAGAAUAUUGACUGCUACUAAGAUCUCACCCCUCAGCACAAAAGUGACGCUGAAUAAACUGCUGAAUAAUUCUCCAUCUAUAUAUAUACAUAACAUUACAUUCUAAAUAUAAGCGAUCAAUCGAAAGCAAUCACAGCUUUAGAAAAAUUCCGGUGACGAAGGCAAACACUCGUAUUUCAAAGCGUCUGACUUGUUUCGACCUUUACUACUUUCUACUUUAAUCCGAUCCAUUGCUGUAUUUUUGUCAAGUGCUUUUAUUGAAGUAUAUCUAUUAUAAUGACUGCAUUAAAUGUUAACUAUUUUAAAUUUCACCUACGGAUUAUUAUACGCUUGCAUAUUACUCGGUUUAUUGUAAGAAAUUAAAAUCGAUAUUGUGUCCGAAUGAAUAAUUCCAUUUUAAUAAUUAUUUCGUGAUAAAAGGUGUAAUACGAGCGCUAACAGAAUCGUAUUUGCUAAACCGAGUUAAUUCAAACUGAUUUUUUACAAUGUCUUUGCACCGUGCAACCGAAGAACGAUGUAAAAAAUAAUCUUUCGAGACUCUUACAUAGAAGUGCAAUAAAUUCUGCUGAAUGAUUCGCGAAAUUUGUGGAGAAAGUGAAGUCGGUUAGUUAAUCAAGUAGAGAGCUUUGCUCAAUCAUGUAUCAGUAUUCGGAGCGGGGUUAAGAGGUACAGAAUCAUUGGAUUCCGGAUCCACGUCACGUGCAUACAUAGAAAAUAUGGCACUUAGAGAGAGUAAGUAUCUUUAAUGCGUUCCAUACGUCGUCGUUAUUUCGAUCUACGUGAAUAUGUCACCUUUCUUUGUGUAUAUGCGAAGUGAGUCCGGAAUCGAGUGAACUAUCUGCAUAUGCGAUACAACAUAAGUAUUCUUACAACGUGAUAACUUUAAACGUAAGAAAAGAAAUACUUAAGUGGUAAUCUUGACGUUGCAUUCAUUCUAAGAUACGUGAUGUCUGUAUUUGUAAUAAAUGUCCGUUCAAAUUCGGGUAACAUGAUUCUCGAAAUAACAAAUAAUACUAUUUGUUUCGGCAGAUGAACUAGGAACACGUACUCACAAUUGUGUGUUAGCUGUCAUGUUUCGAAGUGUAUAGAAACUACAUCGCACGUCUGUACAUCUAGAAUGGUUGUGAAUCCCUUAGUCGAAAGCAAAUUGGAUUUAAAAAUUCGUCUCCAGAUGCGAAUUUCAACGGAACUUGCGUUUUGGCACCCAUUCCCCGCUCAAUGCUUGCUAAUCAAUUUCCAUUUAAUGCGAUUGGUCGAUCGAUGGGUCAUGCACGAAUCUUUGAAAUUAGCAACAUCAAACAAUACGAACGCUCUUUUGAGUCUUUCGCGUUGUUCGAACUGUUUGUUCCAAGACGCUUGACUCGCGGCACGAUGAGUUCAUGAAAUUGAAUCGAUGAGGGAGAAAGUAAGCAGAAAAAGUAGAAAAACUUGGUAUUUUCUCGAAGAGAAUUCAGUACAACCAUUAGUUGCUAGCAUAAUACAAAGUGGAAUCUUACGAAUCGUAAAAAAUUAUGAAUAUUAUAUGUUAAAACAAGAAAUAAAAGAGAGCUAUUUCGAUCGUAUCUAGGUCAUGAAACACCGAUUAAUAAAUUAUAAAUAGGUAACAUCGUGAUUGAUCAAAUUAUGAGAGAUUUUAAUUAUUGUUCGAAUGAUCGCCUAAUGCAAGCACUUCCAUACCUGUCACAUCAGAUCGGUUUAGUGCCGACUCGUUAGUCGAUUAGAGUCUGGCGAAUGAUCAUUCAGUUAAAUGUAUUUAGAAAAUCAUCGGUCGCGGGAGAAGACGUCGAUAUAAUUAGAAAGUUUGUACAAAAUUUUAGAAAUGCGAAGGGAAUUGAAGUCGAGUCGUUUCAUUGACAAAAAGAAUGAAGAAAUGAAAGAACGUGAACAAAGUCUGAAUUGACCUAAUGAACAAAUUGUUUGCAAUCAUCACAAAAUUUGUGAUUGUUAUAGAUUAGAAAGCGGCGAUUAUUGUGAAAUCUCUAUUUCUAUUGAUAUUAAUGUGUAAUAAGCUCUAUCGCAUGUUACAUUAUUUGAUUAUUCUACUGUACCUUCCUCUACUAUAAGAAAGCAGUGUUAUCAACGUACCUGUCUGUUAAUCGUAUUUCUACUUUUCAUUUAUUUUUGAUACAUUUUUUCCCAACUGAUAAAAAUUCCUGCAUCAUUUUUAUUAUUUCUCCGUCUUUCAUAAUUCUCAUACCUUUUUCCUGCCAUUUAUAUGGAACAAUAACAAAAAUGAAGAACAAUCUACGAGGAAGGUUCCCUGCCUUUUACUUAAGAAUUCUAAAUCUUUAUCAAACUAAUAAUGACUGCUUUGCACUGUAAGUCUUAAAUAUAUUGUACGCAAUAUAUUAUAACGUACUCGUUCUGCGAUUUAAAUGAAUUAUUGUUAAGAAAAGAUUGUAUGAUUUCGAUUGAAAUAUACAGAAGUCUUGUGUUAAAUGCA